UUUGAUCCAGAGAACAAAUAUGGCGGAUGAUGGAGAGUCACUGGAGUCUUGGCUUAACAAAGCCACCAACCCUUCAAACAGACAGGAAGACUGGGAGUAUAUUAUGGGAUUCUGUGACCAGAUCAAUAAGGAGCUUGAAGGUCCACAAAUAUCAGUCCGGCUCUUGGCUCACAAGAUCCAGUCUCCUCAGGAAUGGGAGGCAAUACAAGCUUUGACGACUCUUGAAGCUUGCAUGAAGAAUUGUGGGCAACGGUUUCACAAUGAAGUCGGGAAAUUUAGGUUUUUAAAUGAAUUAAUCAAAGUGGUGUCACCAAAAUACCUGGGAGAGAAAGUAUCAGAGAGAGUAAAGACAAAAGUUAUUGAGAUGUUGUACAGUUGGACUGUUUCUCUGCCAGAUGAAGCAAAGAUCUGUGAAGCAUAUCAAAUGCUGAAGACACAGGGUAUUGUUUUAACUGACCCUGACAUCCCUCUUGAUGCAACAUUAACACCAUCACCCUCUCCACGACCCAAGAAUCCUGUGUUUGAUGACGAGGAGAAAAGCAGGAGAUUGGCAGUGCUUCUGAAGAGCAAAAAGCCUGAAGAUCUGCAGGAGGCCAAUCGACUCAUCAAAAAUAUGGUCAAAGAGGAUGAGGUGAGAGCACAGAAAGCAACAAAGCAGAAAAGCACACUGGAGGCAGUUAACAAUAGUGUCAAACUGCUGAAUGAGAUGCUUGUUCACUUCAGCAGUGAGGACUCCACUGACGCAGACAAGGAACUCAUUAAGGAGUUGUAUACUGAUUGUGAUAAACUCAGACAAACUGUGUGGCAGCUGGCUACGGAAACGGAGGACAACGACAACAAUCUCGGAGACAUUCUGCAGGCCAGUGAUGAUCUUUCCCAUGUCAUCAAUACUUACAAGAAGAUUGUGGAAGGACAAACUAUUAAUGGAGGGACUGAAGAAGCACAUCAGUCAUCACACAAACAAGGCUCAGUCACCCAUGGCGGCACAAAUCACUCAGAAAUCCUGAUCGACCUGGUCGGUUUGGACACCCAGACCACCGCUUCACCUGAGCAGCAACCACAAACAUCCUCUCUGGUAAUUACUGCCGAUCUGAUGAGUGGGUUUGCCACCACCGACCUUCAAUCCAUGAACCCAAGCACACCCUCUGCAGCGCUAUCUCUGCUUGAUGAGGAGCUGCUGUCCUUAGGCCUUAGUGAACAUAUCCCUGAUCAAAAUAAAUCGACUGCACCAACACAUGUCAACCUGAGCAGUCAUUUACCAUCUUUUCAGGAUUCCAGCCAGGAUGUAGACCUGUUUGAUCCAAAUUUGCCUCCAGCAUUGGCAUUCUCUACAUCUCCACUUCUUACAGAUGCCGUCUCCAUCAAAGAUGCCCCGGUCAGCACUGUGAAUUCAUUAUCAACUGUCUCUAAUUUAAGCCUCCCCGACUCUAUCUUCUCCACACUUGCGGUUUCCUCACAGUCUGUCUCAGCAUCUUCAUUCACAAACCCACAGCUGUUACUUGGUCCAGUAUUUACCAACACAGCCAAAGGUUCCAUUCCUCAGUCGUAUUGCAAGACAUCAUCCUCUCUCUCAUCCACGGUUCCAACAACCACCCAUAUUCCUCCACAACUGAUCUCCACUGCAGCAGGGCCUUCGCAGUCUGCCUCGCCUUCUCUCAUCCACAAUCUGCCAGACCUUGCGCAGCUGGACUUGGGUAGUCCUAAAAAUACUCCUGGUGUGAUGAAUUUUGGCAGCUUGCUGGUCAAAGAUGAGGAUGUGAAACCUGCUGCCACUCAUUCCCCUGGUCUUGGUGUCACUUCAAAGACAUCUGAUCCCCUGGUCCGAGAAGGACAGAGGGAUGGGUCACCACUCUCAGCUGCCAAGAGUCAAGCAGAUGACAGCCCUCUGUUACGAUCUCUGUCCCCCAUCCUGCCGCUGAGCCACACAAGCCCAGGAAGAGGACAAGAUGUUUCUCUGGCCAAUGUUUUUGUCCCUUUGGAGACCAUCAGACCAAGUAAAAUGUCUCCUGUCACAGCCUAUGAUAAAAGUGGAGUUCGUGUUCUGCUGCACUUUGCCACCGACUGUCCACCAGGCAGGCCUGAUGUGCUGGUGAUGGUGGCAUCCAUGCUAAACACAGCCCCUCUGCCUGUCAGGAAUGUUGUUUUGCAGGCUGCUGUGCCCAAGACAAUGAAAGUGAGAUUGCAACCCCCCUCUGGGACAGAGCUGGCUCCUUUUAACCCUAUACUUCCACCAGCCGCCAUCACACAGGUCAUGCUGCUCGCUAACCCACUCAAGGAAAAAGUCCGGAUGAGGUAUAAGCUGACAUUCACACUGGGAGAGUCACCUCACACUGAAGUGGGCGAGGUGAGUGACUUUCCACCGGCUGACCGAUGGGGAGCUCUAUAGCCCUACCCACAACUAGUACCUGAACUAACACUAAAGAAAAAUCAGCUCGUCUGUGCAACUCAAGGGACAAAGAAAUGGUUUUGACAAACUUUAAUUGAACUUAGAGAUGUCUGCAUGAGAUGACCCACUGAAAUAGCAGGCGUUGUGUUGCACAAACCCAGCUCGACUCUUGUGACAAUGGCAGAAGUAGUUUGAGUAGUGCAUUAACAGAUGGUUUGAAUUAGUUGAAUGUAUUGUGGGUGACGCUCACAUGGGAAAAAUCAGUGUUUGGUAAAAUGAAGCAGUGGUAAGUUAUUAUAUUUUUUUGCUGUUACUUUAAUGCUUACAUGUCACUCUUUGGCAUCAGAUCUGAUUGCAGAGUACUUUUGUGUAUCAGGAUGUCCUGAUAUCAAGCAGCAGCCUAUGUUGAGACAGAAAAGCAAAACCAUUUGAACAUGAUCUGGAAAUGACUUUGUGUAUAUAACAUUUUACCCUAAUAGAUAUUGGACCGUAGCUAAUUAAAGCAAAAACAGAUUGGCUCAUUAGCAGUUAGUUACUUAAAAUGUACCAAAAUGCAAAUACACUGUAUGAUUCAUGACUGCUAUUGAACACUGUUAUUGUGCUUUGUAUUCUUUCAGUUUUAAUGGUAAUAUUGUCUGUAUAUUAUUUAUGAUUGGGCAGAAAAGUAUCGUAUCUAUUUGUUUUAUAGUAUUGCAGUUGAGAGCUGUGUUGUUCCUUCCUUCUCUAUCGCAGUAGAGACACAACAUAGAAGUUGUCUAACCAAGAGGCUUUAAUGUUACCAAAUAUUCAGACAAGACAUCACAUAGUAUGCAACAUUAUGUAGCAACAGCAGGGUGGAUUCUGAUAAAUGACAUGUCUUGACACAUGCUCAGCCUGCAACAUAUGCAAAUAACUUUAAUAGGAAUAUUGAGAAGUAGUUACUGCAAGACUAUAGCAGCCAAGACCUUUUGCAGGUGUGAUGCUAAUUGUUAUGGGUAAAGAUUGCAAAGGUGCAUGAGUUACAGACAGCACAGACUAGGUGACAAUGGACUCCUUGCUCGUUGUAUUAAACAAUAUUUUGGGAGACAAGCUACCGGGGAGGUUAUAUUUUUCUCAGUUAUCCAUUAAUAUAAGACGUGUGGGAGUUUUACUAUAUCAAACUGGUAAAGUAUUUAUUUUAGUUUUGAGGAAAUCUAAUAACACUAAAAACAUGGUGGUUAAUCCAAAGUAUUACACCUAUCAAGUGGUCAUCAAAGACUGUGACUUCUUAUUUGUGUUUUUUUUCUGAGGCUAUUUGUGCUAUAUAGGAGAUUCCCUACAUAUUUCGUACAAAGUUAUUUAUUUGUCUUAGACUGGUAAAUUUACUUGCCAUUGCAUAUUUUUGAAAAGUUAUUUCUGUGCAUGAUAAAUAAAGAUAAGAUGGUUUUAUUUGUAUUACAA